AUGCGCAGUCGUGAGCGCGCCCGGGAGCUGCCGGGACGCGGUCGAUCGAAGUCGUGGACGGAGGGGAAGGCGAGCCGCGGUCGCCGGAGCUCGCGAGCGCGGCCGGUGCCCGCGGUUACCAGUGUGGCCACCGCUCGAGCGCGAGCUGCCGUGGUCGCGGGGGGCACGAGGCAAGCGCGGCCACCGGGGAAGCUGCUGGCGCGGCUGCCGGGAGCGCUCGCAGGCGCUGUCCAGCAGGGCGGCGUCAGCCUCGGGAGCGUCCCGCUCAGGCAGAACCUCUCCAACCUCCUCCGCCUCGCGCUGCUCUACAGGUACGGCGGCAUCUACCUCGACGCUGACGUCGUCGUCCUCAGGCCGCUCUCCGACCUCCGCAACGCCAUUGGAGCGCAGGCCGUGGACGACGCCACGGGCGACUGGAGGCGACUGAACAACGCCGUGAUGGUGUUCGACAGGGCGCACCCAUGCUGCACGAGUUCAUCGCCGAGUUCGCCACCGCGUUCGACGGGAGCAAGUGGGGCCACAACGGCCGUACCUUGUGUCCUGGGUGGCGGCGAGGCUACGCCACGAGAUUCCCGAUCUCGCCAUCACGGUGCUGCCGCCGCGGGCCUUCUACCCCGUGCACUGGAGAUAGGAAAGACGAGGUGGGUGAAGGCCAAGGUGGAGAACAUCAAAGGCGAGAGCUUUGGCAUCCAUCUUUGGAACAGGGAGAGCAGUAGGCUCGAAGUCGUGGACGGAGGGAAGGCGAGCCGCGGUCGCCGGAGCUCACGAGCGCCUCUGGUGCCCGGGGCUACCAGUGCGGCCACCGCUGGGGCGCGAGCUGCCGCGGCCACCGGGGGCACAGGGCGAGUGCGGCCGCAGAGGAAGCCGCUGGCGCGGCUGCCGGGGGCGCUCGCAGGCGCAGCGUUGGCCGGGCGAGGCCGCCCUGGGGGGUGGGGCGCGGGCCACCGGGAGAGGCCGCCCUGGGGGGUGGGGCGCGAGCUGCCGUGA